UCAUUAAUGCCAACCUUGAACAUUUGCAAAAUUGUACCAGCAAGUCAGUAUCUGACACUGUUCUUAAUUCUAUAAUAAAUCACGGACUUGAUCCCAAAAAAUGUCUAGCUUGGGUAACUGAUAACACUGCAUAUAUGUCCG